AAUAACGAAGCAUGAUGAUGAUAAAUAAACAUAAAGAGUCCAGCUGAAUUUCUCAUCCUCGUCUAUAAUACUCCACACAGACACACAAUUACUCACUUCACUCAACCAUGUCUUCUUCUCCAAGCUCCUCAUAUGAAGUUCCUCAUCCUCAUCAUCUUUGGAUGUUCGAUGUGUUUUUGAGUUACCAUGACAAAUACAUUGGUAAAUCUUUUGCAUUGGAUCUCUCUUCCGCUCUCACACAAGCUGGAUAUGCUGUUUAUAUCAACAAUCACGAUCUCACAAGCGGAGAACAGAGAAAUUCAGCUGCAAUCAAAGCGUGUAGAACUUCCAUCAUCAUUUUCUCAAGUAAAUUUGAUGGUUCAACAUGGUUUCUUGAAGAAAUGGAGAAGAUAUUGGAGUGUCGUAGAACCAUAAAGCAGGUAUUUGUGCCUGUGUUCUAUGAUGUUGAUCCCUCCGAUGUACUAAAACAGAAGGGGGUGUUUGGAGAAGCUUUUGUAGAUUGUAUUGCACGAGGCAUCUUGACAGAAGACAGCUCAAUACGUUAUAGAGACGCGCUCUUUGAAGCUGCCAAUAUUUCAGGAUUUCGGAUGAUGGACACCAGGAGCCAAUAUAAUGAAAUCAAUGACAUAGUGCAAGGUUUCUGUCAUUUGAUAGAAGACCAAAAAUCGUUAUUCAUUGCUGAACAUCCGGUGGGAGUAGAAGCUCGGGUGAAAGAUGUGAUUCAACUAUUGAACAGCGAACAAGCAGAAAAUACCAUGAUUGUAGGGAUAUGGGGGAUGGCUGGGGUUGGUAAAACAAUAAUUGCUAAAGCCACUUAUAAUCAAAUGAGUUUCACUUUUGAUUGCAAGAGCAUUCUCAAGAAUGUCAAUGAAACUUGCAAAUCGGGUGAUGAUGGGCUGGUUUCUUUCCAGCGACAACUUCUUUUAGACAUCUGCAAAACAACAAAGAUACAUAUAGAUACAGUUGAAUCAGGAAAGAAGAUAUUACAGAGAAGCCUUUGCCAUAAGAAGGUAUUUCUUGUACUUGACGGUGUGAAUAAAUUGGAACAGUUGAAUGCUUUGUGUGGUGAUCGUGAUUGGUUUGGUCAUGGAAGUAGAAUAGUUAUUACAACAAGUGAUAAACAUAUACUUCGUAACCUUCAACUUGAUCAUGUGUAUAGAAUGAAAUAUAUGGACAAUACUGAAUCUCUUAAGCUUUUUAGUUGGCAUGCAUUCAGAACUCCAAGUCCUAAAGAAAGUUACGCUGACCUUUGUAGAGAUGUUGUUGAGUACUGUGGGGGGUUGCCGGUAGCUCUUGAAAUCCUUGGGUCUUAUUUGUUUGACAGAUCUGUACAAGAGUGGAAGAUUGCACUCCAGAAAUUCAAAACCAUUCUCCCCUAUCAAAUUGAGAAAAAAUUGAGAAAAAAUCUUGAUGUCUUAGACCAUGACAACCAAGAUGUAUUCCUUAAAAUAGCUACUUUAUUUAUUGGGAUGCACAAAGAUGAUGUAAUUCAGACAUUAAAUUACUCUGGGCAUUUCCCGGAAAUUGCAAUAUCAAUCCUUGAAGAUAAAAGCCUUUUAACUAUAGAUGGCAACAACAGGAUUGGAAUGCAUACUUUGUUACGAGCAAUGGGAAGAGAAAUCAUAAGGCAACAGUCGAUGGAUAUGGCUGCGACAAAGAUGUACGACGUGUUCUUGAGUUUCAGAGGGGAAGACUGUCGAGCAAAAUUCAUUUCACAUCUAUAUAUCUCUCUUCAAAAUUCCGGGCUUUAUGUUUUCAAAGACGAUGAUGGGAUUCAACGAGGAGAUCAGAUCUCAGUCGCACUAAUCCAAGCUGUCGGACAGUCUAAAAUUUCUAUUGUUGUUCUGUCUAAAAACUUUGCUAAUUCAAAAUGGUGUAUGACAGAGUUGGAGAGAAUUGUGGAAAUCAGUAGAACCAAGGGUAUGGUGCUUGUGCCAGUGUUCUAUGAGGUAGAUCCCUCGGAAGUACGUCAUCAGACAGGAGAGUUUGGAAAAGCUUUUGAAUGUCUUCUAUCUACAAAAUCAGUGGAUGAAUACACAAAGAGAAAUUGGAAAGCAGCACUCCAUGAAGUUGGUAGCAUAGCAGGGGUUGUCAUCUUAAAAUCCAGCGACGAAAGCGAGGAUAUCAAGAAAAUAGUUGAUCUUGUUACUCAUUUGCUAGACAAGACAGAAUUAUUUGUUGCUGACCAUCCGGUGGGACUAGAAUCACGAGUACGAGAUGUUAUUCAACUACUGAGCAGACAAAAAUCCAAAGAUCCUCAACUACUAGGGAUAUGGGGCAUGGGAGGGAUUGGGAAAACAACCCUUGCUAAAGCCGUUUACAAUAAAAUUCGUCAUGAUUUUGAUGCAAAGAGCUUCCUGUUCAAUGUCAGAGAUGUUUGGAAAGUAGACGAUGACAAAGUUUCUUUACAGCAACGACUUCUUUUUGACAUCUGCAAAACUACAAAGAUAAAGAUAGACUCAGUUGAAUCAGGAAAAAAGAUAUUACAGGAAAGACUUUGUUCGAAAAAGAUAUUUCUUGUAAUCGAUGAUGUGAAUAAAUUGGAUCAAUUGAAUGCUUUGUGUGGAGAUCGAAAAUGGUUUGGUAAGGGAAGUAGAAUACUCAUCACAACAAGGGAUGAUGAUUUACUCAGUAGGCUUGAAGUCGACCAUGUAUACAGAAUGAAGGAAAUGGAUAGCAGUGAAUCUCUAGAGCUUUUUAAUUGGCAUGCAUUCAAGCAAUCAACAUCUAGGGAAGGUUUUACCAACAUUUCCAGAGAUGUUGUCAAGUACUCUGGAGGAUUGCCGCUAGCUCUUCAAGUCAUUGGGUCCUUUUUGUCGACUAAGAAAAUAAAAGCAGAGUGGAAGGAUGUACUGGAGAAACUCAAACUGAUACCUAAUAAUGAAGUGUUGGAGAAGCUGAGAAUAAGUUUUGAUGGUUUAAGUGAUGAUGAUGUGAAAGAUAUAUUCCUUGAUAUUGCUUUUUUCUUUAUUGGUAUGGACCGGGAAGACGUAACUAAGAUACUACAAGACUGUGGGCAUUUUUCAGUAAUUGGGAUAAGUGUCCUCGUACAACAAAGUCUUGUAACUGUUGAUAGGAAAAACAAGAUCGGAAUGCAUGAUUUGUUACGAGACAUGGGCAGAGAGAUCGUCCGCAAGAUAUCAAAAGAUGCGGACAAGGAGCCUAGUAGAUUAUGGCAUUAUGAGGAUGUGCAUAAGUUGCCAAUAGAUACUAGUUCUUUAGCUGUCAAGGGACUGAGUUUAAAGAUGUCAAGAAUGGACUCAACAACUUAUUUGGAAACCAAAGCAUUUGAGAAGAUGGACAAGCUAAGAUUUCUUCAACUUGUUGGCAUACAACUUAAUGGAGAUUACAAAUAUCUUUCAAGACAUCUUAGGUGGCUUAGUUGGCAUGGAUUCCCUUUAAAAUAUAUACCUGCCGACUUUCAUCAAGAUACUCUAGUUGCUGUUGUCUUGAAAUAUUCCAAUCUGGAACGAGUGUGGAGAAAGUCUCAGUUUCUGGUGAAGCUGAAAAUUCUUAAUUUGAGUCAUUCUCACAACUUGAGACAUACCCCCGACUUUUCAAAAUUGCCAAAUCUUGAAAAGUUAAUACUUAAGGAUUGUCCCAGUUUGUCUUCGGUUUCUUCUAAUAUAGGACAUCUCAAAAAGAUUCUUUUAAUAAAUUUGAAAGAUUGUACAGGCCUUCGAGAACUUCCAAGGAGCAUAUAUAAGUUAGACUCGCUGAAAACACUCAUUCUGUCUGGAUGUACAAAAAUUGACAAGUUAGAAGAGGAUAUAGAACAAAUGAAAUCUUUAACCACCUUGGUUGCGGAUGACACUGCUAUCACAAGAGUGCCCUUUGCAGUAGUAAGAUCAAAAAGCAUUGCAUUUAUUUCUCUAUGUGGUUAUAAAGGAUCUGCACGUAGAGUGUUUCCUUCUAUUAUUCAGUCUUGGCUGUCUCCAACAAAUAACAUUCUAUCCCUAGUUCAAACAUCUGCAGGAACUUUAUGUCGUGAUUUCAUCGAUGAACAAAAUAAUAGUUUCUAUUGUCUAUCAUCCAUUUUAGAAGAUCUUCAGAAUACUCAACGUCUUUGGGUGAAAUGUGAUUCACAAGCUCAACUUAAUCAAACUGUAGCAAGUAUUUUAUAUAGCUUCAACACUCAAAAUUGUGAGGGAUUCUCAAAUAUUGAGACUUCAGCAUCAAAUUUUCGUCGCACUCAAGUUUGUAUUUCCAGCUCAAAAAAUUCAGUAACUUCCCUUUUGAUUGAAAUGGGAGUGAGCUGCGAUGUCGCAAACAUUCUUAGAGAAAAUAUUUUGCAGAAAAUGCCUCCCACUGGGUCUGGUUUGCUCCCCGGUGACAACUAUCCUGAUUGGCUAACCUUCAAUAGCAACAGUUCUUCUGUAACUUUCGAAGUACCUCAAGUGGACGGGCGUUCUUUGAAGACAAUCAUGUGCAUUGCCUAUUCUUCUUCUCUAGACAAUACAACAACAGUUGGCUUUAAAGUUGUGUUGGUGAUAAAUUGCACCAAAAACACCAUUCAUGUCUACAAGAUAGGCGCAUUAUUAUCAUCUUUCGACGAGGAGGAGUGGCAGAGAGUAAUAUCAAAUAUAGAACCUGGAAACGAAAUUAAGGUGGUUGUUGUUUUUACAAAUGAAUUCAUUGUGAAGAAAACAACAAUUUAUCUUGUCUAUGAUGAACCAAUUGAGGAAAAGACGAACCACUGCCAUGAGCCAGAUGAGAAUGGCAUUGUGUCUAGUGGUGAUGAAAAUAUAUUUGGUAGACUCUUCUUCACUAUUCCUUCCCUUGCUCGAGCUGUUCUGAUAUCACGGCCUUUCUGGUUCUGUUUGGCUGGUAUUAUGGUUUGGUCGUCUAGCUGCCGUUCUGACAAGCGAACAAGAAACAACCCUAUUCUAAGGGAUGUUGCAUCGACGAGCUCUCAAGGAUUCAAUAAUUUAGAAUCUUUGGACAAAAACCCUUUGGAUGGUGUACAAGAUGUGAAAAGACGGGGUUAAAAGAGGUACUUGAUUCCAGUCAACAUGGACUGAUUCCAAUAAUUUCAAAUUCCUGAAGCCAUAGGACGAGGUUGCAAAGCAACAGGAGAAAGCAGAAAAUACCAAACAUAAGGAUCAAUAAGAAUGGGAAGAGAAGUUAAAAGGGUAAUGUUCUUCCUAACCAAAUCAAUCUUAGAUGAGUGUCUUUCUUUUAUCUCUAUUUCAUUUCUGUUGAAAGGCGAAAUGGUUGUUAUCUUUAUUUCAUUGUAGAACAAUUUGACUGUUGUAGAAUCUUUAAAUUUUACUUGGAAAGUAUAGAAAAAAUAUCAUAAAUGGUUGUUCAAGAUGAAUAAUGUAAAACACAUAUCAUACGUGUUAUUCACAAAUCAGUAGGGAUUUUAAAAAGUGUUUUGGAUUUUAAAAGAUUGUAAUAUUGUAAGGACUUUUAUGAUUCUUAUAACAGACAUUUUAAUCAA